CCAAUAGAAAUUGAAGGGAUGUCGGUGGCAGCUGCAGGUGAUAUGAGAAAUGAAAAUGCAACUCUGUCAGGCAAUGAGUGAGAUGAGCAUAACAUAUCUGAAUGACAUACGCCCAAAUCAAUAUGUGGGCAGAAUUAGAAUUCGUGUUGCAAGAGCAUGGAGGCCAAAAAAGUUUAAAAGCGAAUUCUUUGAUGGAUUACACUAUCUUCUGAUCGAUGAAAGAACUGACACCAUGCAUGCUAUUGUUGCUGAGAAUGACUAUGAGUACACAACCAAACUGGAAAAAGGCUGCAUGUAUGACAUUUAUCAUGUCUUCACCAAGAAACAUGUCUUUGGAUACAAAGUGGUGGAUCGUAAUCUACAAUUGACUUUCAAUCAACCCACGAAGUCUAUCCCACUAAAACAAGACACAUGCUCAAUUCCAAGAUAUGCAUUCCAAUUCUUACAGUUUGAGCAAGUUGAAGAUCGCUUCAAGGAACACGCAGAAAAAGACAAACAAAAGAAAGAACAAAUCGUGCUCAUAGGCAAGUUAUCAAACAAAAAUUCAAUUUUUAACUAA